CGGAAGUGGCUCGGCUGUGCUUUUCCUCCGCAGAGGGCAUUGGCGUACUAGAGGUGUGAUUGCUGUCCCAGGGCUACUACGAACUCCUGGUGUUUGUGUCGGGGACUUGCUGCAAGCUCCGCGGCGGCGCGGCAGGAGGUGUCGCGAGCCGAGCCCUGCCCGCCAUGACUUCCAUGCCGGGUUGGAGGCUGUUGGUGCAGACUGGCGCCCAGGUGCUGGGCUGUGGCGCCGGAGGCCUAGGUGCUGCCCCAGGCUUAGGGAGCAGAAAGAACACCUUGCUCUUUGUUAGAAAUCUGCACAGCAAUAGUUGUACUUGGUGGGAUGAGCAUCUUUCUGAAGAAAAUGUCUCGUUUGUCAAGCAACUGGUCUCAGAUGAAAAUAAAACCCAGCUGACAAGUAAACUGAAUCCCUUGAAAGAUGAACCAUGGCCUGUACAUCCUUGGGAACCAGGUUCUUCCAGAGUUGGCCUUAUCGCCCUGAAGCUGGGCAUGAUGCCUUUAUGGACCAAGGAUGGUCAGAAGCAUGCAGUCACAUUACUUCAGGUACAAGACUGUCAUGUGUUAAAAUACACUCCCAAGGAAGACUAUAAUGGAAAAACAGCGGCCCUGACAGUGGGUGGGAAAACUGUGUCACGCCUCUAUAAACCUGACUUUAUAUUAAAAUUUUACCAAGAUCUUGGAUUGCCACCAAAACAGACAAUUAAAAUCUUUCGUGUAACAGAUAAUGCUGUGAUUAAGCCAGGGACCCCACUUUAUGCAGCUCACUUUCGCCCUGGACAGUAUGUGGAUGUCACAGCCAAAACUAUUGGUAAAGGUUUUCAGGGCGUCAUGAAAAGAUGGGGAUUUAAAGGACAACCUGCUUCUCAUGGUCAAACAAAGACCCACAGAAGACCUGGUGCCAUCUCAACUGGGGAUAUUGCCAGAGUCUGGCCUGGAACUAAAAUGCCCGGGCAAAUGGGAAACAAAAACAGGACAGUGUAUGGAUUGAAAGUGUGGAGAGUGAACACCAAGUACAACAUAAUCUAUGUCAAUGGCUCUGUGCCUGGACAUAAGAACUGCUUAGUAAAGAUCAGAGACUCUAAGCUGCCUGCAUACAAGGAUAUCAGUAAGAGCUUGCCGUUCCCUACCUACUUUCCUGAUGGAGACGAAGAAGAACUUCCAGAAGAUUUGUAUGACGAGAGUGUGUGGCAGCCCAGUGAACCUUCCAUCACCUUUGCCUGAUGCCCUGGUGUGCCAGGACUCUGUGCUGAACCAGAUCAGAAAUGGAGCCAGGGAUGGGAAUCGUACUCCCUGUGCUUAGUCAAGAGAGCAUGCGCUUCAGUCUGGUUAGCAAGGUUACUGCAUUAAACAAACAGACACAUAGACUAGGUGGGUUAGAACAACAGUUUGUGAAGAACAAGAUGCCUGCCGUUUGUAGGGAUCAUUCUUUAUAGAUACAUUUCCCAGUCUUGUUUUGCUUUUGUUUUUAUAAACUUUUAUUAAAGAUUUAUCUCUCUUAA